AUGGGAUUGGUCCCAUUCCUUCCAAGUGGAAAGGAAUCUGUCAAUUCAAAGGCAAUAAGCAACACCUUUGCAAUAGUUGAUGGAUGUGUUGUGCAAAAAACUGAUUGGGGCCAGGUACUACAACAAGGCUUAUCAAGCCUCUCAACUCGUCGUUCCACAAUGCACGAUACUCGGAGGGCCACUGUGUUGUCUGGGGCCUCCAUGUCUUGUCCCCAUGUUUCAGGUGUUGUGGGCCUGCUCAAGCAAAUUGAGAGGAUAUUCAAGUACAUAAAAGCGUGGGUCGACAGCAAUGCCACCGUGGAAUGUGGAGGCAAAAAGAUUGGAGAUAAAGGCUACUUUAUACAGCCCACCGUUCUUUUGAAUGUUUAG